AUGCCAAGAUACCAGUCUCGGGGCGGCUUCGAUAUGCAAGACGAACAUGAGUCUCAGUAUAAUGGGCCCAAGGAAUAUUUCACGCAAAACGAUGGUUACCUUCGCGACUACAAUGCUCCUUCGGCGCCCUAUGAAUCACCUACAGGACCACCCCCGUCGAGGUUGCCACAUCGGCCAAUACCUCAAGAGAACUACAAAAAUGGCCCGUAUCGAGCUGGAGCGCCCAACCGGGCACCGGACUAUGAUACGAGGAGUAAUGACAUGCCCAACUUUGACGCCAUCCCUCUUCGGGCGAACGAGAAGCCAGAGGACCAUAUCAAUACCGGUCAACUAUCUUCUUACGACCCACAAAUAUACCGAAAGCCCACAUAUCAGGUUCCAGGAGCAUACCCAGGUCAAGUUGAUACCACGCAGAGCAAGCCACCUACAUCUUACGAUGCUACUUCACCGCUCGCCGAGUUCUCAUUUGAUUUACCGCCCAAUGUCAAUACAAGACCUAUACCCGCCGACAGAAAUGAAAGCUUCGGCCAAGCGCCUUCUCGACGGCAAUAUAGUGAACCGAGAAAUUUUGAGACGAGACCGCCGCCGGUGGGUGGUUUUGGAGCGGACGAGACUCAACCAAUAUCUGUUUCGCAAUACCCUCCGCGAGCAGCGAGUAGGACUGGGACGAAGCCACCAGUGCGUGAAGCUCCUCCAUUACCAUUGAAUACUCCAGGCUAUGAAUCGUUUGGACAGCAGCAACCUCCGACCCGGCCUCAUACCAGUAGCGCGCAACGGCCGCCACCACGAAGUUAUGACACGGGAAAUUCUUAUGGCCUGGAAUCCCCCGAACAUCGGGCACCUUCCGCGCCAGCCGGAUCUGGACCAUUCAAUCAAGCAUACAAUUACACAGGAGCCAAUCAACAAUAUCAAGCGCCGUACGGACAAGGACGACCUCCACGAAAAGAGUCUCAGGACAACUACAAUAUUACAGGGUCUAGAUCAAAUGUCUCGAAGUCUGCCCAUCCUGUCCCUGUGCGACACUAUCCGAAUGCCAGCGCCGUCGCUACUGCCGGUACCGGUGCCAAUGCCACUGCCACUGCCACUGCCAACAUCAACCCUGACGCACUGCCAGCUCACCCGGAGCCCGUAAGACAGGUAUCUAACCAUGGAUAUACGGCCACUCAGCCACUAGCAGCUCAGCCAGAGCCAAGGCAGGCGACAGCACCUCCCCCGAGUAAUGCCAACGGCAGUAAUGCACCACAGGUUACGGUCCAAGAGCUUAACAAUCUACGGGAAAGGUAUCGGCAAACUCCGGGAGAUCAUGCCCUCGGACUACAAUUGGCCAAAAGAUUGGUGGAAGGUGCCAGAGUUUUGUCCGACGAAGGGGGUAAAGCGGAUGCGAAACAGACGCAGAAAAACCGAGAACGAUAUAUCUUUGAAGGGCACAAGUUGGUGAAGAAAUUGGUGGCGGCGAACUAUCCAGAAGCCAUGUUCUACCUUGCGGAUUGUCAUGGACAGGGACUGCUGGGGCUACCGGUAGACGCCAAGGAGGCGUUCCAUCUCUAUCAGUCGGCGGCCAAAUUGAACCAUGCCCAAAGUGCCUACAGGGUGGCGGUCUGCUGCGAGCUAGGGACCGAGGAAGGCGGCGGAACCCGACGAGACCCUCUGAAAUCAAUGCAAUGGUACAAACGGGCCGCGUCGUUGGGCGACACUCCGGCGAUGUACAAGCUUGGGAUGAUACUGCUGAAAGGCUUGCUGUCCCAGCCAAAGAAUCCACGAGAAGGUGUUUCGUGGUUGAAGAGAGCGGCGGAGCGAGCGGACCGAGACAACCCUCACGCAUUGCAUGAACUGGGACUACUCUACGAGUCGGCGACACCUAUGGAUCAUAUCAUUCGCGAUGAGGAGUAUGCCUUCCAACUGUUCCAGCAGGCGGCGGAAUUAGGAUACAAGUAUUCACAAUUCCGGCUGGGAUCGGCAUUCGAGUAUGGUUUGCUAGGCUGUCCGAUCGAUCCGCGGCAGAGUAUCGCAUGGUACACUCGGGCUGCAGCGCAGGGCGAACAUCAGUCCGAGUUGGCGUUGAGUGGAUGGUACUUGACUGGGUCUGAACCUCUUCUCACGCAAAGCGAUGCGGAGGCAUUCCUGUGGGCACGAAAGGCGGCAAGUUCUGGGCUAGCCAAGGCCGAAUAUGCGAUGGGAUACUUCAACGAAGUUGGCAUUGGGACGGCGGUUGACCUUGAUGAGGCGAGACGAUGGUAUUACCGGGCAGCUUCACAAAACUUCGGCAAAGCCCGAGAGAGGUUAGAGGAGAUGAGACGCGGGCAGAAAAUGUCCAAGACUCGAGUAUCUCGGUCGAACGUCAACCGCCAGAGUGAUGGAGAGUGUGUGGUCAUGUAA